AUGGGCGACCCAACCGACCUGGCUUCCUCGCUCAUGUCUAUGAACCUUGACUACGACGUUCUUAUCAUCGGAGCGGGUCUGUCAGGUCUCUAUAGCCUUAUAAGCAUGAGGAGACUGGGUCUUCGUGCCCGCGUUAUUGAAAGAGGAUCCAACGUUGGCGGUGUGUGGUACUGGAAUCGCUACCCUGGCGCACGCUUUGAUUCUGAGAGCUAUACAUAUGCAUUCACCUUCUCCAAGGAGCUUCUCGACGAGUGGAAUUGGAAAGAACAUUUCUCUGCCCAACCAGACACCUUGAGGUACAUCAAUUACAUCGCCGACAAAUUUGAUCUUCGACCACAGGUCGAAUUUCACGCAGAAGUCAAGUCUGCACAGUAUAGGGAGGAUUCCCAUUCGUGGUUAUUAACCGACCAGCGUGGACACACAUACACGUCACGAUUCCUCAUCAACGCCCUGGGUCCAUUGACUACGCCAACAUUACCUAACAUCCCUGGUGUCCACGACUACAAAGGCCUAGCAUACCACACGUCGCGCUGGCCCCAUGAACCGGUGAGCUUUGAGAACAAGAGAGUUGGCGUGAUCGGUACAGGCGCUACGGGAAUACAGACCAUUCAAGAGGUGGGGAAGACGGCCAAGUCUCUACAUGUCUUCCAGCGAACCGCAAACUGGACUGCUCCUAUGAGAAACAAUGACAUAACCCCGGAAGAGAUGAAAAUACUCCGUGCGAGCUAUCCUGAAAUUUAUAACAAAUGUAAAAAGAGUCCCAUGGGCUUUAUGUUUCAGCCUGAUCCACGGAAUACAUUCGAUGUCCCCCAGGAGGAGCGGCAGGCAUUCUGGGAAGAGCUCUACCAGACAAGAGGGCUGGCAAAGUGGGUGGGCAAUUUCAAAGACCUUUACAUGAACCAGGAGGCAAACGACGAGUUCAGCAAGUGGAUGGCCUACAAAGUCAGGCAAAGAGUCCAUGAUCCUGUGGUUGCAGAGAAACUGAUCCCCAAGGACCAUGGAUUCGGCCUUCGACGAGUGCCCCUCGAAAACAGGUAUUACGAGCUCUUUAAUCGAGAGAACGUUAAAUUGGUAGAUCUUCGCGAAACGCCAAUUACGAAGAUCACGGAACACGGAAUCAAAACCACUUCAGAGGAGAUUGAGCUCGACAUGAUCAUCUACGCCACCGGAUUUGAUGCGCUCACGGGUUCUUAUGAGGAGAUUGACUACCGUGGUGAGGACGGGGCGACUCUGAAGGAUAAAUGGGAGAAGGGGCCCCGGACAUACCUGGGGCUGACGGUGCGAGGAUUUCCCAAUAUGUUCAACAUCAUGGGACCUCACCAAGCCCUUGGGAAUAUUCCGCACUCUAUCGAGUACGCAGUACAGUGGGUCUCUCGGUUCAUGCAAUAUAUGCUAGACAACAAUAUCACCUAUAUCAACGCGGACAAGGAAGGCGAAGAAGAGUGGACGGAGCAUGUGUUCGGGUUAACCGAAGGCCUGCUGUCUGUCAAGAUCGAUUCGUGGAUGACUGGAGUCAACUCGAAUAGAGCCGGGAAGCAGCAAAGGAGAAUCAUACGGUACUAUGGCAGCAAUUUGGAGUUUCGGCGACGUUGUGAGGAAGCCGCUGCCAACGGGUACAAGCACUUUAUCCAGGCUUAG